UAAUGACCCAGUAUUAUUCGAUGCAAUAUGAUCGAACCCAUUGAAAAUGAAGCCUCUCGAUAUAUACAGCAGAAUACAAAAGGGGCUCUUCAUCCCGUCGAGGACUUGGAAUCUGCUCUUUGACAGGCCAAAACUUCAUUGACUUUUCACACCGACUCUACGAAGCCCCCUCUAUUCACCAAGAUGCAUUUCUCCAAGGCCACCCUCGCUCUCGCACUUGCAGCCGUAUCUAUCACUGCUAUACCCGUUGAUGAAAAUGGCAUUGCCUCCGAGGGCCAAUACCUUGAAGCCCGCGCGGAUACACAGGUUACAUGCAAACCUAAGAACAACCCAACCAAUCAGUCUUUCAAGGUCAGCAUGAACUACGCGGAAGCCCAAGCCAAAGUCGCCAGCUUCGUUACUGGCAAAAGUGGAGACCCGCACCGCUACGGCAACGGGGAUGAUAUCCAAUGGGACGUCGAUGAAUGCGGUGUGAAGAAUGCUGAGUUAUGGGAAUACCCCAUCUAUUGGGAGGGCAUGAAAGAGAACGGGAAGACGAAAGCGUGGAAGAAGGACCAAAAAAGCAGCGGUCAGACAAAGACCCCGAUCCGCGUGGUGUAUAUCCAGGAUAACGGUACUCAUGAGAAAAGGUUAAAGGUUUGCGGCGUGAUGACACACUCCAAGGUCGUUCAAGAGGGCGAUGGCUUCAGGGGGGAGGAUUACUUCCAGAAGUGCAAGUAG